AUGGAAACCUUGGCUUAUAAACUUAGUGAACCAUUUAACUAUUAUAAUGAUAAGGAGUUUUCAGAAAAAGAUAAUAUUUCUUUUUGGGAAGAGGUAUCUAAAAAAUAUAUAAAUUGGGAUAAAAUUUAUGACAAAGUAUGGAGUGGUAAUGAAAAUAAACCUGAGUGGUUUAAGGGUGGUAAAUUAAAUUUAUGCAACAAUGCAUUGGAUAGACACUUGUCAGAAAGAGGUGAUCAAAUUGCAUUGUUUCACGAAUGCCCUGCCUUAGAGGUAUCAAGCACAUUAACAUAUAACGAAUUGUGGAAAAAAGUAUGUAUCUUUUCAAGAGCUUUAAAAAAUUUAGGGGUUAAGAAGGGUGAUAAGGUUUUAAUUUUUAUGCCCACUAUGAUGGAAUGUGCAAUUGCUAUGUUGUCAUGUGCACGUAUUGGUGCUAUUCAUAGUGUAACUUAUAUUGCAUAUAAUUUUAAUAAUUUAUCACAAAGAAUUGAACAUUUAAAACCUAAAAUUUUGAUUACAGUUAACUUUGGUGUUAAAGAAAAUAAAUAUACACAUUAUGUCCCAACUAUAAAAAAAGCUUUGGAAAAAUCGAUUCAUAAAAUUGAAACUAUUAUUAUGCUGGAUCGUAUUGAUUUUAUAAAUAAAGAAAAACAACUUCAAUAUUUAGAAAAAAAUAAAGAAAUUGAACUUGGUUAUCAAACAUUAGAGAACACAAUUGAUUAUAAGGAGUUGGUUGACGGAUUAGAACCUUUAUUAGAAUACGAGUUGUUAGAUGCGGUAGAUCCUAUUUACUUUUUGUAUACAAGUGGUACUACAGGACAUCCUAAGGGUGCAGUGGCCGAGGCAGGUGGAUUUUUAGUCCAGGCCCUAUAUUCUUACAAUAGAAAUUAUGGAAUAUCGCCAGGUGAAACUUUUUUUACACCAUCUGAUAUAGGGUGGCAGUUGGGUCAUAAUUUAUUAUAUGCAUCUUUAUUUAUAGGAGGUAGAUUUGUUUUAUAUGAGGGUGAUUUAUUCGUACCAACAUUGGAUGUUUUUAGAGUUAUCGAAAUGACAGAGGCUUCACUUUUUUUAUCGGUUCCAACAGAGUUUAGAACUUUUCAAAAGUUAGACCCAAAUGCAAAAGAAAUUUUAAAAUAUAAUUUAGAUAAACUAAGAGCAAUCAUACUAUGUGGUGAAGUUUUAGAUAGUUCUAUUUUUAAUUAUGUUACAAAAACUAUCAAAAAACCUGUUGUUGAUAACUAUGGUCAAACUGAAACAGGUUGGUGUAUAAUAACAAGUUCGUCACAACAAAUACCAUUUAAAAUUUUUUCAUGUGGUAAACCUGUGCCAGGUUUUAAUACAAAGGUUAUAAACCCUGAAAAUAGGGAACCGGCCAAACCCAACGAAAUAGGUGAGUUGCUAAUAAAAUUGCCGGUACCUCCAAGUUGUAUACAAACUUUAUUAUUAGAUGUUAAUCAAGAGCAAUACUCAAGAAAAUACUUAAAUAAAUAUCCAGGUUAUUAUGGAACUGGUGAUUUAUGUAAAUUCGAUGAAGAUGGUAACUAUUAUAUUAUGUCUCGUGUUGAUGAUGUUAUUAAUGUUGGUGGCGAUUUGGUUUACAACACAUUGUGUGAGGAUAUUAUUCAAAAAAAUAAAAUGAUAUUAGAAAAUAUUGUUGCAGCCGGGAAAGAUGAUUACUAUGGACAAGUGCCUAUUGGUUUUAUUAUAUUAAAAAAAGAAUUUAAAUCAAUUUAUGAUGAAAAUAAAAUUUUAUUCCUUUCAAGUUUAAAAAAAGAAUUAAAUGAUGUUCUAGAAACAUCCCACUUUUUACCAAAUUCAACUUUAAAGCAUUUAGUUGUUGUAACUGGGUUCCCAAAAACGAGAUCAAAUAAAAAAAUAAGAAAUGUUGUUUCUAAAAUUUUCAAUGAUGAAGCAUAUGAAAUAUCUCAAUCAAUGUCAAAUCCAGAGGUUAUUAAUAAUUUAAUUUCUGAACUUGACGAGUUUAAAUUGGUUUUAUUAAAGUCUAAUGAGGAUAUUUAA